UCCUCAUCCUCAUCCCCGUCUUCCUCCUUCCACCAUAAUGCAUCGUCCACCACCAUACGGGAUGGCAGGUGAUGGAAGGCCCCCGCCUUAUCCCUAUGGCGGGGAAUAUUAUCCUCAUGAAAGGCGAAGAGGAGGAAAUGUUUGCGUUAGAUGCAUUUGUUGUUGUUAUUGCGUCCUAUUUUUCAUCGUCCUUAUUAUAGCGGCAAUCACCUUGUAUUUAUUCACAGUCUACGAUCCAAAAGCUCCAAUUUACAAAUUUGAAGCCCUAGAUGUUAAGGAAUUCGGGUAUAAUGAUUCCAACAUCAAUGCAGAUCUUAUCCUAACGUUGAAAGCUGAUAAUCCCAACAAGGCCAUAGGGUUUAUUUACGGGGAAGGUAGCUCGGUUAACGUGACAUAUAGCGAUUCGAAUAUUUGUACGGGGAAAUUACCAAGUUUUCAUCAAGGUCAAAAAAAUACAACUAUAUUCCAAAUUGAAUUAACAGGUAAAAGUACAUUUGGAUCAGGGCUAUAUGAGGCAUUUCAAGAAAAUGAAAAAAAUGGGAAAAUUCCAUUAAAGGUAAUGAUUAAGGUACCUGUGCAAAUUAUUUUGGGAGAUAUUAAAUUAAAACAAUUUAAUGUGUUUGCAAAUGUUACAUUAACUGUUCAUGAUUUGAAGCCAGGGAAGAAACCUGAGGUUGAACAUAGCAAACCAACAUUCGACGUUAAAUUCUGAUAAAAUCUAUCUCUUCUGUUCCUCUCUGGCAUUCUACGUG